AUGCCUGUGCGGGUGCGCCAGUGUCGACAGCGGCUGGGCUUUCUUCGGCGGAGGCGCAGCGACAACAGCAUUUCGGUGCGACCGGACCGGGCGCAGGCCCAGCAGUGGGCCACCUCCUUCCUCAACCUGAUCAACUCCAAAUAUGGAGUGGCGUUGUUCAAAGGAUUCCUGUCACAAGAGUUUGCUGAUGAAAAUCUGGAAUUCUGGCUUGCCGUUGAGGAUUUCAAGAAAACGCGACACUGCAAGUUACCAGCCAGGGCUCAACAAAUCUAUAAUGAGUUCCUGGCUGCACAGGCUCCGAAAGAGAUCAACAUCGACUCGUCCACACGGGCGGUGAUCGGUAAGCGGCUGUCGGACCCGGAUGUGCAAAUGUUCGACGCGGCUCAGCGGCGUGUGCAGCACCUGAUGGAGAGCGACAUCUUCCCACGCUUCCUCCAGUCAGAGAUGUAUCAGGAGCUGUUACGCGACGAGCACUCGAAAGCCCGGGCGCGCAGGUAGCCCGGCCGGCCGGCCGACGCCACUUCAGGCUGUGAGGGGAGGCUUGUGCGCCGGGUCGCUGCAGGGCGUGCGCUAUCUCUCCGGACGGGGAGCACAUAUCACAGGAGAGGCCUGACGGUUCUCGACGCGUCGGCGGCGGCGCUUCGACUGGGCGGCUGCGGCGGCGCCUUCGACCCAGUUCAGAACAGACCACGCUGGGAUCUGCGGCUCGCGGAGGGAGUCCAUGGCGCCACCUGCACCGUCCCGGCUCACUCGGUUC